ACAGGCUCGGCAAAAUCGCGUCUUUUUUUUCUACAAUAGGAAUAUUUGCGACGUGUUCCGCUCCAGACGUUUGCGAUCGCGUUCGGAUUUUAUUUUUCCUCGUUUCGCAUCUGUGUCUGGUGCACGGGUAUGAAAGCGCGCAAAGCGAACAGGGUGAAAGCAUGGUUGGUUUGUUGCGAAAGAUCGCAAACAAUCAAUUCUGAUUCGAGCGAUCAAGAAACCGAGGAACAUAAAGCGCGGAGUAAAACAGAGAGGCUAAUAGACGGUAAGACAGAGAAUAAAACGGAAAACAAAACGGAGAGCGAUGUGGAGAACGCGGUGGAGAACCAGAUAGGCAAGAUAGAAAAUAAAGUGGGGAGUAAAACGCAGGGUGAUAUUGAGAACGAAGUGGAGAACAAAGUGGAGAUCCAAAUAGACAAGUCAGAGAAUAAACUAGAAAUUAAAACGGAGGACAAUGUUAAGAAUAAGGUGGAAAACAAAAUGGAAAAUCAGGUAGACAUGGCAGAGGAUAAAGGCGGGAGCGAAGCGGAAGGUGAUGUCGAAAAUAAAGUAGAAAACGAAAUGGAGAACCAGAUAGACAAGACGGAGGAUAAAUUGGUGACCAUAACGGUGGGCGAUGUCGAGAAUAAGGGGAAGGACGAAGUGGAGGACCAGAGAGAAGAAGUAAAGAAUGAAGCAGGAAGCUCAAUGGAAGGUGAUGUCGAGAUCGAAGUGAAAAACAAAGUGGAAGAACAGACUGACAAAGUAGAGAAUAGAGCAGGAAGCACAACGGAGAGUGAGGUCGAGAAGGAAGUGGAAAACAAAGUGGAGAUCCACAUAGACAAGCCAGAGAAUAAACUGGAGAUCAAAACGGAGGGCAAUGAUGAAAAUACAGUGGAGAACAAACUGGAAGACCAGAUAGAGAAAGUAGAAAAUAAAGCAGAAAGCGCAACAGGGGGCGAUGUCGAGAACGAGGUGAAAAACAAAGUGGAGAUCCAAAUAGAAAAGCCAGAGAAAUAUAAUAAACUAAAGAUCGAAACGGAGGGCGAUGUCGAGAACGAAGUGGAAAACAAAGUGGAGAUCCAAAUAGAUAAACCAGAGAAAUAUAAUAAACUAGAGAUCGAAACAGAGGGCGAUGUCGAGAAUGUAGUGGAGAACAAACAGGAAGAUCAGAUAGAUAAAACGGAGAAUAAAGCAGGAAGUGCAACAGAGGGUGAUGCCGAGAAUGAAAUAAAAAACAAAGAAGCAGAGAGCAAAUUGGAGAUAGAUGGCAACGUUGACAAUAAGGUGGAGGAUCAGCAGCAAAAUAUUCUUCUCACGUCACCGCACGCAGCGGAUCAGCAGGACUACACGUACGAUCUCUUGGUAAUCGGCGGAGGAUCCGGUGGCCUGGCAGCAGCUAAGGAAGCUGUGGGACUAGACGCGAAGGUCGCAGUUUUGGAUUAUGUAACGCCCUCUCCUAUGGGCACCACUUGGGGCUUGGGCGGUACCUGCGUCAACGUGGGAUGUAUACCGAAAAAACUCAUGCAUCAAGCCGCACUGCUCGGCGAAGCUAUUCAUGAAGCUGCAACAUUCGGUUGGCAGCUGGAUCCCAAGACUGUGAAAAUCAACUGGGAGGAGUUGAGAACUGCCGUACAAAAUCACAUCAAGUCUGUGAACUGGGUCACUCGCGUUGAACUCAGAACAAAGAAAGUUAGCUAUUUCAACUCUGUUGGACAUUUCAAGGACGCACACACGGUAGUUGGAAUUAACAAAAAGGGAGAGGAACAAAUUUUUACGGCUAAAAACAUAUUAAUCGCGGUAGGUGGUAGACCUAGGUAUCCCGAUAUUCCAGGUGCUUUAGAAUACGGUAUAACUAGCGACGAUAUCUUCAGUUUGGAGCGUGCUCCAGGAAAAACCCUCAUUGUCGGUGCUGGAUAUAUCGGUCUGGAGUGCGCUGGCUUUCUUAAUGGCCUGGGCUACGAUACGACGAUAAUGAUUCGAUCGAUCGCGUUACGUGGAUUUGAUCGGCAAAUGGCAGAACACAUUACCGAGGAGAUGCAGCAACGCGGCGUGAAAUUCGAAUAUGGGGCGCAUCUUAAAAAGGUUUCGAAACGAGAGGAUGGCCGCCUUCAGGCUGAUUGGGUUGACAAAAACGGCGAAAUUCAUAAAGAUGAUCCAUACGAUACCAUUCUGUUUGCUAUUGGCCGACGAUCGCUCACUCAAGAGUUGAAACCGGAAAACGCCGGGUUGAAGCUUGUUCCGGAAACUGGCAAGAUCGACGCAAUUAACGAACAGACGAACGUUGAAAACAUUUACGCGGUUGGCGAUGUGCUUCAUAGAAAACCCGAACUAACGCCGGUCGCUAUACACGCGGGUAAGCUGCUCGCCAGAAGACUGUUUGGUAAUUCGACCGAGAAAAUGGAUUACACAAAUGUAGCGACGACAGUGUUUACUCCUUUGGAAUACGGGAGCGUCGGGCUGAGCGAAGAGGCGGCAAUCGCGAACCACGGGGAAGACGCGGUAGAGAUUUUCCACGCGUAUUACAAACCAACGGAAUUCUUCGUACCCCAGAAGAAUGUCGAUCGUUGUUACGUGAAGGUCGUCGCGCUUAGACACGGCGACGAGAAGGUGCUUGGAAUGCACUUUGUCGGACCCAACGCAGGCGAAGUGAUUCAAGGAUUCGCGGCUGCUAUUAAAUGUGGCCUAACAAUCCCGAAACUGAAGUCCACCGUCGGUAUUCAUCCGACUGUAGCGGAGGAGUUUACACGCAUAUCCGUUACCAAACGUUCGGGCUUGGAUCCUAAACCGCAAAGCUGCUGCAGUUAGAUCAAUGCGCGCGUGGCGGCACUUCUCUCGAUUACAUUCGCAGAUUUUCGAUUAUCCGUUAGGAGACAACGCGGCCCGUACUCUUUGUGGCAGAGCUCAGGCGGAUAUCUUUUGGGCUGAGUGACAGUUUUUCCGCAGUUGCAUACGAGAGCGCUGGAAUACCGCAGUAUUGCAUAAAAUAAAAACGGUGAAAAAAAAAAAAUAGAAUUCGGAAAGAGAACACAUGAUCCGUUAUAAUCCGUUAUGGCACACUAGCACUUUUUUUAUAUACAUUGUUUUUCCAAGGAACACGCAUCUUGUAACAUACGCAUUGUAAAAAUUACCGUAAUACCUGUUUGAUAGCGAUAAUAAAAAAAUAAAUAUUAAUGAAAUAUUGAAAUCAUGA